AAAUAACGUAGGUUUUCACUACCAGGCCGCUCCUGUCCACGGGAGAUCUCUAGGAGAACUCGAAACACUUGGGGCUACACAGCAGGUUGCAGUGGGAGCCCUGAGCUGUGAAGAGGCACAAGCCUGGCUUUGGAUUCGCUGAUCAAGCUUUUGAAAGACACAGGGAACUCCAGAAAACGUCCUUAAAAUCUUCAGAUUCGGUUUUUUUUUUUCUUUUCGAAAUGAGUCCACCCACAUGGUUAGGGCUGGUGUCACCCAUCAUGACCACAAGACACCGGGUGCUGUUGGUAGCUCUCUGCUGAAAGAAAACGUGCAGCUUGUUCCUGAAAUUGCUAAACCCCCUUGGACCAAGACCCCCUUGGACCAAGACCAGCAGCAUGGAGCUGGGAGCAAUUUAUCCUUUGUUAGACUCUCCUGUCACGAAAAUGUCCCAGGCUUCCCCAGCUGAUGAAGGAACAACAUUUGAACAUCUCUGGAGCACACUGGAACCAGACAGCACCUACUUUGAUCUCCCCCCAUCCAGUCAUUCAGGGAGCAGCGAAGUCUCCAACCACACUGAAGUCACAAUGGACGUCUUCCAAUUGAGAAACACGAAUGAGUCGGUCAUGUCCCAGUUUAAUUUGCUGAACAGCAGCAUGGAUCAGAGCAUCGGGAGCCGAGCAGCCUCCACCAGCCCUUACAACUCUGAGCACACCUCCAAUGUCCCAACGCAUUCUCCCUACUCGCAGCCCAGCUCCACCUUCGACGCCAUGUCCCCAGCUCCCGUCAUCCCCUCCAACACUGACUACCCUGGUCCCCACCACUUUGAGGUGACUUUCCAGCAAUCCAGCACGGCCAAGUCAGCCACUUGGACAUACUCCCCGCUCCUGAAGAAGCUCUACUGCCAGAUUGCCAAGACAUGUCCCAUCCAGAUCAAAGUGUCCACGCCACCUCCGCCAGGCACCAUCAUUCGUGCCAUGCCUGUCUACAAGAAGGCAGAGCAUGUGACCGAGGUGGUGAAGCGCUGCCCCAAUCAUGAGCUGGGCCGUGACUUCAAUGAUGGCCAGUCCGCUCCCGCGAGCCACCUCAUCCGGGUGGAGGGCAACAACCUUUCGCAAUAUGUGGAUGACCCUGUCACAGGGCGACAGAGUGUGAUGGUGCCAUACGAGCCACCACAGGUGGGGACGGAGUUCACCACCAUUCUGUACAACUUCAUGUGCAACAGCAGCUGCGUGGGAGGCAUGAACCGGCGCCCCAUCCUCAUCAUCAUAACCCUGGAGACGAGAGAUGGGCAGGUGCUGGGCAGGAGGUCAUUUGAGGGCCGGAUCUGCGCCUGCCCAGGCAGGGACCGGAAAGCUGAUGAAGACCACUACCGAGAGCAGCAAGCCCUGAAUGAAAGCGCAGCCAAGAACGGCAAUGCCAACAAGCGCAGUGAGUCCUGUCCCCACCGGGCUACGGCAGGCUCUUUCAAGCAGAGCCCCCAGGGGAUUCCCGCACUGGGGGCUGGCGUCAAGAAGAGGCGGCAUGGGGAGGAGGAGAUGUAUUACGUUCCUGUCCGGGGCCGCGAGAACUUCGAUAUCCUGAUGAAAAUCAAGGAGAGUCUGGAGCUGGUGGAGCUGGUGCCACAGCAACUGGUCGACUCCUAUCGGCAGCAGCAGCAGCAGCUCCUGCAGCGGCAGAGUCACCUGCAGUCCCCUUCCUCCUAUGGGCCGGUCCUGUCGCCGAUGAACAAAGUGCACGGAGGAGGCAUCAACAAGCUGCCGUCUGUCAACCAGCUGGUGGGGCAGCCCCCCCAGCACAGCUCCAAUUCUGGGCCAAAUCUUGGGCCAAUGGGGCCUGGAAUGAUAAAUAGUCACCCCAUGCAAGCCAAUGGAGAGAUGAAUGGAGGCCACUCAUCUCAGUCGAUGGUCUCAGGAUCCCAUUGCACACCUCCGCCGCCCUACAACCCAGACCCCAGCCUUGUCAGUUUUUUAACAGGACUGGGGUGUCCAAACUGCAUCGACUAUUUCACCUCCCAAGGGUUACAGAAUAUUUACCACCUGCAGAACCUAACCAUAGAGGAUCUCGGAGCACUGAAGAUCCCAGAGCAGUACAGGAUGAUUAUCUGGAGAGGCCUUCAGGAACUCAAGCAGAGCCACGACUAUGGGGCCCAGCAGCUCAUCCGCUCCAGCAGUAAUGCCUCCACCAUCUCCAUCGGCAGCUCUGGCGAGCUCCAGCGACAACGCGUCAUGGAGGCAGUGCAUUUUCGUGUGCGCCACACCAUCACUAUCCCUAAUCGCAGCGGGGCCGAUGAGUGGGCGGACUUCGGCUUCGACCUCCCGGACUGCAAAUCCCGCAAACAGUCCAUAAAAGAAGAGUUCACAGAGGGAGAAAUCAACUGAAGGUCUCUGCAAGCACCGGCAGCAAGAGACCAGACACAGAGGUUUAAAGGAACAGAAAACCAAUCAUAAAAAAUGGCAAAACUCUUCCAGCUUUAAGUACGUGGAGAACAUGCGCUCAGUCGCAUGAGGGAACCUGGGUCUGGCCAUUGGUUAGAUGCCCUUUACAGGAGGGAAAUUCCACUGGCUUUGUGAUAGGAUCGAGGUGAGGAAAGGAGCAGCUGAGACACAAACAGGCACUCCAAAUAGGCUGUAGAGAUGCCACAGCUGCCUGAAGCAAAGGAAUAUUCACUUGCUAACGUACAGGGCUACCUUACAAUUUCCCUGACAGUCUUCAUAUCAAACGAAUGCAAUGUAAAAGUAAAACGUAUUCUUUUCUUAAGAACAGUCCCCUUCCUACCCUACCUCUCCCUACUCUGUCUGUUUAGCAGUGCCCAACUCUUUGAGACCUCGGUCUCUGUGAAAACGGGUUCAGCACCUGAAAUGUUCUGCUCAUGUUAGGGAUACCUGCUGUUGACUGAUGUAUGACAAAAGGACAUGCUUUCCUGAUGGACUGCCAAAAAGUAUUUGUUUCCUUUCGUUCUUUGUAGAGCAGAAAAGAAAUUUAUUUGUUGAUUCCAGACUAUGUGCAUGUAUCUAAAUGACAUGUGUGUAUAUGGACAGACAUACCUUGUAUAUACAGUAAGCUCAUUGUGCUGUUAAAGUUAAAGAAAGAUUUAUUUUCAUGUAUGCUACAAAAAAAAAUUGAUAAUUACCCCCAAGACACUCCAGUGUCAUAAAUUAACUUCAUGCUUUUGACACACAAACAGGCAGAAAGCUGCUAUAUUUCAAGUCUUAUCUUAAGCAUUCAAAGGGUUUUUCUUUUAAUCUUUAAACAGUUUUUUGUUUGAUUCUGAGGGAGAAAGGGCAAAUCCAUUCACUUAAACCCCCCAGUCUAAAAUUUUUCCAUAAAGUGUUGCUUAGAGUUCCUAAUAUUUGCAGGGCAUGGAUUAAUUAUAGUCUUGAUCAUUAUCCCAUAAAAGGAAAAAACCUGUUUUCCCAAACUACUGAUAACUGUCUCUGUUCGAUGGAGAGGUUUCCUUUUCACCAUCUGAAGGUAGGGCUGUUUUUAUUUCUUCCCAGUGCUUCCCUAGGCACAGGGGUCCAGAUGAUUUGCCUCAUGUCUUUGUCUGUCUCCUGACUAAAUUCAACAAGAUACGCAGCAGGAAAUGCGAAGAUGCAUGCAGAUGUUUUGUGCCGGCAAGUGGCACAAAAAAGACAUUCUGUGGGUGCGACUGGCAGUGCCCUUCCAAGCACAGUAGAGGCUACCAGUGAUGGCAGAGAAGGCUGGUGGUGCCAUUCAACAUCCUGUGUACCCUCUCAUUCCAGGACUGGUCUGUAACUGAGACAGCCCAGAGGACCGGGUUGUCUCAGUAACCUCCAGGGCUGCCAUACUGCCCAGAAUCUAUUCAGAGCUGCAGCUCUGCCUGUAGCAUAUCCCUUAACCUCAGCCUUGUAAGGGGGUGCUCAGAAUGCAACCCCAUAGCUAUUUACUCUUUGUGCUUACACCACAAAAAUUAUCCCCCAGCCUGACAGUGCUUAUGGAGUUCAUUGAUACUGCUCUGGGCUAAAAUAUAUCUCACCAACAUGCGCUGGGCUUCAAACAACUUUUGCCUUCCCUUACGCAUCAAGGGCUGGUCCUCAUUCAGGAUGGAGCCCCACGAGGAAACUGAGCUGUAUCUGCCAAUGCCAGGAGAGCAGCAGGAAAAAAAGAGCUCCUUCAGCAUCUCUGCUUGUUCUUCUCCACUGGUGGCUCAGGGGCUAAGGCACAUAGGAUGCAUGGCUAGGGGCCAUUGUUCUGACCCUUCUGAACCAUUUGCCCCAUUUUCACUGGUUUCUCCCCCAGCCCACAAACCUCUGUGGCUGAGAGUAGCCAACCCCCAUUUGACAGCUCCACGCUUGUGUACAUUGUCCUUACUCUGCACCAGGACUCUGGGGCUCACCAAGAAAGCAACACACACUUGUAAGUAACAGCUGAUUAAAGCACUUUAAUGCUUUAAGAUUUUUAAAUAAUCCUUCAUGUUUUCAAUGUUAACUAAUGCUUUUUCCAGCAGUAUUAUAAGGUAUAUUCCACCCCUGUUAUUAACGGUAUUUUUUGUAAUGUUAUCUUUGGAAAAUGUGUUAUUUUUAUAGCUGUGGUUUUUGUUUUGUUUUUUUGUAACGCAAUAAAGCCCAAUGUCUGAGCUAUGUGUGAUGGAUACGUGCUCCUGCCUUAGUUUCCAACAUGGCAAACUGCAUGCUACAAGCCAGAAAUGGCCUGAAGUUUAAAUAGGAAACACAAAUCCUUUGUUGUGGAGCAAGCAGCUAUUAAAGAACAGUUCUCCAAAGGACAAAGCUACUUGCCAAAGCAAAAUUAUAGCUCAAAACAGUCCUUCAGAGCCUUAAGAGAGUAGCUUGUGAGCUCCCACCAUUCAAAACAAGAAUUGCCAUCCACCAUGGCUACCCACUGCUAUUUUGGGAGAAGCUGUGGAUGAAUAGUAGUUAGCACACGCAAAGCCCCUCCUCAUUUCUAUACAGGCUUAAAAGACGUGUUCUGUCUUAGAUAUGCAGAAACAUAUCUGAGGCCUUUCUUAGCAAACCUGCAUUUAGAAAGGUGAACUUUAGAAAAAUAUAUUAAAACAUUCACUCAAAAAACAAAUAUCAACAAAAGAAAAAAUAUAUUUUCUUUUAAUAAGUAGCUACCUGGGUUUCAUUCACAGAAUGUAGGUUGUGUUGUGUUUUUCACUGUCUUUCAAAUAAAUGACCAAAAAGAUAUAGUAUGAAAGAAAGAGUAGCAUUUAUCAUUAAUACACAGCUUUUCUCAGGUUUGG